GUCCGGAAAAUCCCCGCCGACUGGCGGCAGAGCAGAACCCCCGUAAAAUUGUCUCGCCACGCGUUCUUCGUCGUCUCUCGCGAAGGGACGCAGCUUCGCGAAAGUGACCUACUACGAGGACCGACGUGUCGUCGACGAUUACGGGUGAAAGUCGAUAUAUAUAUCGCGCGGUCGUCGUUUCGCUUUUCCGACGAGAAAAGGGGACAGAAAGAGAAGAAGGCAGACUGAAGGAGGACGCACUCUCUCUCGAAGGAGCGGAAUGAAUAAUUGCGCGUCGCGAACGGCGACGGCGGGCCGCCGAAUGGCGGAUUUGAUUUGCGGAGGAAGAAAGGGCCGACACUCGUCGCCUGCAACGAUAACGCACGCCCUGCUGCCGCUGCUGAUAGUAUGCGCCACGUUAACGAUAUCCCAUUGCUGCUACGUCUUCCCGAAAGAAAUCAAGGAUCCCUGCACGAAGCUGAACUGCUCGCAAGGCUCGCAAUGUGUGCGAAGCAGGGACGGCAAGGAGGCGACUUGCGAAUGCUUGGAAUCUUGCCCAAAUUUGGGGGAUCACGAGGGUUCAGGACCUGUCUGCGGCACGGAUGGGAUUGACUAUCCGACGUUGUGCGACCUAAAUCGAGUCGCCUGCGCGAAAGGUGCUAACAUCACCGUGGCAUUUCGCGGUAAAUGCGAUCCCUGCGGAAGCGUCGAGUGUGUAGAACCAGAAAUCUGUCAGCUGGACGGUUCGAGGCAACCAGUCUGUCGCUGCGGAGAACAAUGCGGCCUCGAAUUUUCACCGGUAUGCGGAAGUGACGGCAAAACGUAUUCGAAUGAGUGCGGCCUUCGACAGGAAGCUUGUCGAUCAAGAUUGCCUCUCAAGAAAAUUUACAACGGCGCCUGCAGUUCUGGACAAAAUCCGUGCGAAGCGGCCAAGUGCAGCUUUUACGAGCAGUGCGCAAUCAAUCGCCAAGGGAUCGCUAACUGCGAAUGCGGCCCCGAAUGCGAGCCGGUAAUGAGGCCCGUAUGCGCCCGCGGUGGGACCACUUACACGUCCAUGUGCGAGCUGAAGAGACAGGCGUGCCUGACGCGGAGCAACAUCGAGGUAGCUUAUGUCGGCACGUGCGGCUCCAGGGGACCCUGCUCCGAGAAGGUGUGCCAGUGGGGCGCAAUUUGCGCAGAGAACAGCGGUAAUGCUGUGUGCGAAUGUCCGACUUGUCCGGCAGAAUUUCAACCUGUAUGCGGCGAUGAUGGCAUCAGCUAUGGCAACGAGUGCAAGCUUCGCCUGGAGGCAUGUCAGCAUCGACGGGAGAUACGCGUUUUGUACCAAGGAUUGUGCAAUGGCUGCGAGAACAAGAAGUGCGAGUUUUACGGCGAAUGCGAAAGCGACAGCAUCGGGGAAGCAAAAUGCGUCUGUCCAUCGAAAUGCGAGAUUUCGGUGAAAGAGCCGGUGGGAGCGGAAAAGGUUUGCGGAUCCGAUGGAGUGACCUACGAUAAUGAAUGCGCCUUGAAAAGGGCGUCGUGCAUGAGCCUGACCCUCAUCAACAUUAGCUACGUGGGUGACUGCGAACUGUGCACGAGGGUGAAAUGCGAGCACGGGGCGCAUUGCGUGGCAGGGGUGUGCGUGUGUCCGGAAGUCUGUCCCGAGAGCAGCGGCGAGCUCGUUUGCGGCAGUGACGUGAAAACUUACCAGUCCGAGUGCGAGCUGCAGCGAGCAGCCUGCGGCAGGGAUCCCAAGUUGCCGACGUUGCACGUCACGUUUUACGGCGACUGCGGCGACAGAUUGGCCGUGGCGGCGUUGACGACCAAGUCGACGCUCUCGGUGACUCGUUUGGCCACCACCAUCGCCGAUGUCACGAGUACACAGGAGCGCGAGGCCUGCAAGGACAUUCACUGCGACUUCGAGGCGACCUGCGAGCUCGGACCGGACAAAUUCCCCAGAUGCAGCUGCAGAUUCGACUGCGCCUCCAUCUCGCCCGAGAAUAAUCGGCCCGUCUGCGGUAGCGACCUUAGAAUUUACUCCUCCCUCUGCGCCAUGAAGAUGGAGGCUUGCCAGAGGCAGCAGGAGCUGCGACUGCGACCCCUCGAUCUCUGCGAAGGCAUGGAAGUCAAGCCUUGCAACGGCGAUGCUCCAUUGGUAGACUCCGAGGGUAAAGAAUAUGACUGCGGUAGUGGACCAGAACGCAAAGACUGCCCUAGCAAUAGUUACUGCCAUCAAACGACACGAUUCGCUCGUUGCUGCAAGAAAGUCCUAGGAAACCAGGUGCAAAAAUGCGCGGACUCGUGGCACGGCUGUUGCCCGGAUGGGAAGACCGCCGCGCUUGGUCCGGACGGCGCCGGCUGUCCGAGUAACUGCAACUGCAAUAGGCUCGGCAGUGUGUCAGACACCUGCAACCCGGAAACCGGUCAAUGCGAGUGCCGGCCAGGAGUGGGUGGCCUCAAGUGCGACAGAUGUAUGCCGGGUUACUGGGGACUGCCGAAAAUAAGCGAGGGUCUUCAGGGAUGCAUACCGUGCGGCUGUUCGCUCUUCGGUUCCGUCAGAGAGGACUGCGAACAGAUGACAGGACGUUGCGUCUGCAAGCCCGACAUUCAAGGGCAAAAAUGUACAAUCUGCAACGAUCACAACAAGAUACUCACGCAGACCGGAUGUUACUCAGCGGACACGAUACCGCCCAGAGCUACGUCCUGCAACGAGCUGGAAUGCUACUCGGGCGGCCACUGCUCGGAGAUGGGCGGCUCGCACUGCGAGUGCCCGUCUUCGUGCCCGACGGACGUUCCGUCUGUGCCGGUCUGCGGCAGCGACGGCCAGACCUACGACAACGAAUGCGAGCUGCGGCUGUAUGCGUGCCGCCACCAGGCCGACGUGGUCACGCAGGCCUUCGGCCACUGCAGAGACGACCCUAUGGUUAACACGGACUUCCCCGUUAAGAGAUACACAGCUGUACAAUACACCCAACCGGCGGCCGCUAUUUCUCCAUUGUCCAAAUCCACGCGGCAUCUCUUGGUACCGGAGCCGGACCCACGAUAUUAUUACACUCAUCGAGCUCAUCAAGAGACCAUCACCAUCGACAGAGAUAAUUUAAAACAUGGAAUAGCCGCGUCGUAUCGACCAACGCCAGCAACGAUUCGAGUGGUCACCGCUCUUCUGGGUGAUCUUUGUAAUGACGACAAGGAUUGCACAAUACCUAACAGCGAAUGUUUGAACGGCGGCUGCAUCUGUUCCGAAGGCUAUGCGGAAACCAGCGAUCGGCAGGAAUGCUUCGCCAAUUACGUGCCGGUGACGCCGACCGAGGAAUUUCGCGCCUGCCUCUCGUAUCCCUGUCACAUGACCUCGACGUGCAUCGACUUACCCAGCGCGACUUUCGUCUGUAUCUGUCGGCCAAAUUAUACCGGACUGCUGUGCGACGAGGAGAUCAACAAGCGGGAUUACGAGAUACCGUCUUUUGACGGUAAAAGCUACGUCAGGAUGAACCGGCUGAAAGGCUAUCACAGAUUCAACAUCGAGAUCGAGUUCAAAACGUACGCGGACAACGGAAUCAUACUGUACAAUCAGCAGAAGAGCGACGGCACCGGCGACUUCGUGUCCCUGGCUAUUAUCGAUGGAUAUGUGCAAUUCAGAUAUAACUUGGGAAAUGGACCUGUGAUCCUCACGUCAUCGGAAAGAGUGACCAUGAAGACCUUCCACAGAGUGGCGGCUAAGAGAUUCCACAGAGACGGGGUCUUGGUCUUCAACAACAACGAGGACGUGACCGGGCAAAGUCAGGGAGUGCUCAAGUAUCUGGAUCUGAAUCAAGACACUUUCAUCGGAAACAUGCCGACUAAUUACACCAAGGUCUACGACAACAUCGGCACCAGUCACGGAUUUCUCGGCUGCAUACGCGACCUGAAGAUCAACAAGAUCGACGUGGACCUUCACGUGGGUCACGACAAGGAUGUCCUCGAGAGUUAUCGCGUGAAGGAGUGCGGCGACAACGCGUGCGCCAACUUGCCCUGUCAAAACGGCGCGACGUGCCAGCCGAUCUUCGAGGAGGAUCUGUGCAACGGCCGGGAGUGCAGGAUGUUGCAGAAGAGAGGCAGAAGCAGGAACAAUCGAGGCAGCAAGGGCGGGAUAAACAUAGUCAGAUGCCGAGGUUCUCACUGCACGUCGGUUGAGCAAACCAGGGCCAAGAAGAGCGCGAGAAAACGCUGCGUCGGGAGCAAGUGCGAUUACGAUUACGUUCUCAAGUACGACAACAAUUACGAUCACAUCAAUUACGAGGUGGAGAAGUACGAGCCGCCGGACUACAGGUGCAUUUGCCCGCCGCAAUUCACCGGCAGGAACUGCGAGGAAUCCUUGGAUCCCUGCAUGGACGAACCUUGCCAGAACGGAGGCACCUGCGACAUCCUGCCGCAGGGAGGAUACGUGUGCAAGUGUCCUCCCGGUAGAACCGGAGAACACUGCGAGAUCCUGGACGACGAACUGACGGAAUUCAUGAUUCCCGAGAUGAACGGCAACGGAUUUCUGGAGCUGCCUUGCAUGGAAGGCAUCGCGAAAGCUUUCUCCAUCGAGCUGUGGUUCCUUACUCGCGCGAAUGAUGGUCUUCUGCUUUACAACGGCCAGUUAGACAACGGCAAGGGCGAUUUUAUAAGUCUGAACUUGGUAAAUGGCCGACUCGAAUUCAGAUUCAAUCUCGGGAGUGGUAUCGCGAACAUCACGUCGCCGGAUCCGGUUAGUCGCGAUAUCUGGCACUGCGUAAGAAUCAGCAGACUCGGCAGAGAGGGAGUGCUACAGCUCGACGAUGGAAUCGUCGCUAGAGGAUUAUCCGGAAGUCCUCUCACGGAAUUGAAUCUGCAGACGCCGCUUUACGUCGGCGGGGUCAAACACCGACGAGAAGUUCAUCGUCUGGUCGGAAUCUGGACCGGAUUGGUAGGCGCCGUACAGAGACUAAUGAUAAACGGCAAAACAUAUCAGAACCUCGCGGUGAAUAUUACUCAACACAACACGCAGAUUUACGACGGUCUACCGUGUCCCAGGAACGAGAAUCCUUGCCACAACGGCGGAGUCUGCCUUCCACUUCUAAAUAGUUAUCUCUGCAAAUGCGCCAAUGGUUAUAAUGGUCUGCACUGCGAAUACUUUAUGGGUUACGACGUGUCUGGUACCGAAAUAUCGGAGCGACCUGUGCGUUUCGAAGGUGACAAUUUCCUGCAAUUUAAGCACCGCUACGGAAGGAGUACUAACUCGACUAACACUACCCUCGGCGAGUACUUUGAGGAGUCCUACUCCGACUACGACUUGGAGGAGGAUGUCGACUACGAGUACGACAGUUACGAUUACACGGAACGCAGGGGACAGCAAUCGAACAAGUUCGAGUUGCGGUUAAGAACAGUACAUCCCGAGGGUCUCAUCGCCUGGGUGGGAAGAGGAAAGUUGGAACAUUUCUUUUUGUCCUUGCACGACGGUCACGUAAUACUCACUUACAAGGGCAAGACUGAGAAUGUAUCCGUAAAGAGCAAGGAAAGGGUGGACGACGGAGUCUUCCACCACAUCCGAGCGUUCCGACGACGGAAAGCUUGUACGCUCCAAAUCGACGAGAACAUGCCCGUGAAGGUCUCGAUGGAAACGACGGUGUUGUCGACGAACGGGAAGCUCUUCGUCGGCGGCAAGCCGGGUCAUCCCGGCAUCCGGGGCUGUGUGACGGAUUUCAUCGUUGACAAGCGGCGAUUGCCGUUGGCCAGACGGAAGAUCGACUUCUGUCACGAUAAUGACGUAUGAUAACGAACCUCGAGCUCGACGAUCGCCUAAACGCCGACAACGAUACGUAAACAUGAUAACGAAUUCCGACGAUAGUCAACCCCAUGGAAGACUCAGUGAGCGUCCCUGCUUUAUCCCAGCGCAGCGAAUUAAUAGACUAGAACGUGAAGUAUAACGAGAAGCGAUGACCGGAACAAACAAGUCAAAGAAUCAUGUUCAAUCCGAUCCGAUUGUCACGUGUUGAUUCCUGCCAAAAUUGUACGAAGAUUCGGAUCAUGUUAAUGCAGCGCAUUUCGGAAAAAAUGAAAGCCUCAGUCUAUGUCAGAAGUUUAAUAUUGUUCUUUCUGUACGAUGAUUAACGGAAGUAUCAGAGUUACAGAUUAGAGUUACAAUUCUCAUUCUCAAGGAUGAUUUUCGAGGUAUUUUUGGUGAAAAUUAUCUUAAAUCCGAGAAGAAAAUUGGACCAAGACCGAAAAAACUUCAGUCUUAAAUACAGUGUUACGUCUCGUUAAAAUAACGAGGAUCGAAAAUAAAAACCCAGAAUUAUGACCAGCAAUGGCAUUAUUCGUUUAAAAGUCUGACUAAGAAACCAGAGCCAGAAGGAGAACCAAAACCUUCCAUUUUAAGAUACCGCAUGCCUACUUAAAGGAAGAUGCUACGUUACCGAAGAGUUUCAGUGACUCUGUCGUUAUCGCGUGUGAAAUAUGCGGACACUAUUAGAAUUUUUACCGGCGUAUCUUAGGAACUUCUUGAGUACUGCUUUUCUCUCAUAGGGCCAUCCAAUAAAUAAGAAAUAAGAGAUUAGAAGAAGUGGUCUCACAAUCUUGUGACGCAGGAUUCAAUCACUCGCUAUUCUUCGAGCCGAUCACAAUAAGGUAUCGAGGUUCAAAAGCUGUAAAAGAAAGCUACAUAAGGAUCGAUCGUCUCGCGAUUAUUUCACGUUAUAUCAUCGGGAUCGUCGUUGCGCGGAUAGAGAAGAAAAAGGAGCAAACGGUGAACUAAGUGCUACAUUCUCAUCGAAAGACAAUAAUAUAUUUUUAAGGUAACGAGAUUAAUAUACAUAUGGAUACGUAUAUAUAUGUAUGUAUAUGAAUUUAUCUGUAUACGCGUAUGUGGCGGACGUGCGCGCGUAUGCGCGUACAUUUAGCGAAUUUAGCGAAGAGAGAAGAAGCGAGGUCGCUUAUGAAGCUGACCGUCGUGUUAUAGGAUCUAUAUACUUAUAAGUUGUACUGAAGCACAUCUAAACGUUUUACAAUGCCAAGACUGAUUAAAGCGGACGUGAACGGACGACGAAAAGAAAAAAGAAAAAAAAAAGAAAAACAGAUCGAAGAAGAGAAAGAAGAAAAAAGAAAUAAAUCGGUGUUAUGUUUGAGUGUUCGGAAUAGAGAGAUUUAAAUGACCGUGGAUUUUCCAGAAUAGAAGAAAGAUGUAUUUUAAAGGACUUGUUGAUUUAUUGCCAGUAGUAGACGAAUUCACACGAUACGUUGUUUUUAGGUAGGGGAGGCUUUUUACAAAUGCGCAAGAGAAUAAAUAUAUUAUAUAUAUAAAUAUAUAUAUAUAUAUAUAUUAUAUAUAUACAGACUUAUAUACAUAUAAGAGAAAUCUACAUUCCAUUUGAUGGACGGAAACCCGGGUUAAAAAUUUUUAGAUAGACGCUAAUGAUGACCGGCGUAAAAGCAGUCCGUUCAAAUUCCGCGAUUUAUGGAUUUAAAAGUCAAACAUCAUAUUUUCGCACGCGAUAAACUUAUUUAUUUCAUUCUAUGAAAAAGAGAGUAAUAAUUAUUCAAAUUUAAUAUAAA